ACACAUAUCCAACAAUAUAACAAUUGCUUUCAAAUGACUUCAUUUGGGGCAACAAAUGUAGUUCGGGAAAAUUUUAUGCCAACUUUCAAGAUACAAGGGCAAAUAUAUCACAGAGCAGGUUCACUGUUACCAGUGUCAGAUAGCGACAACAAAUUCCUGCAAAUUUAUUUUAUGGGCAAUUCACCACAAGAAAUUCAUCUGCGUUGUGCACAUAACAAUUUAGUAAAGAGGUCUAUUAUAGAACAAUUACAAACUUUAUUUCAUCAACACAAUCAAUUGAUUAUAUUGUUUAAAACUGCCCUGGAUCUGAUGCCAUCCGAUAAUCACAAAAUUGUAAUCAGAGCUGAUAAAACACCUGCAGGUCAACAUACAAGACGUUUUAAUGCACCAACUAUUGAUGAAGUUGCUAUCGUUGUAGUUGGAGAAAACUUGGAAUCCCGUGAUAUUGUUUUACAUCGUCGGAAUGAUCAAUUACAACGUAUAAAGGAAACACACCGCUCAUAUGAUGCACUGCAAUAUCCCAUUAUAUUUUGGCAAGGUGAAGAUGGCUACGAUUUCUCAACAAAAAUGAUAAAUCCCAUUACAGGUUCUGAAACCAACAAAAAAGUCAGUUCAAUGAACUAUUAUUCAUACCGCCUAAUGAUUCGGGAAAAUGAAGAUAAUCACAUAUUGAAAUGUCGGCGAUUAUAUCACAAAUAUGUUGUUGACAUGUAUGUUAAAAUUGAAACGGAGAGAUUAACAUUCAUCAGGUUGAAUCAAACCAAACUCCGAUCUGAAGAGUAUAUUCACCUUCGAGAUGCGAUUAAUACUGAUGGAAAUGCACAGAAUGUCGGUCGGAUGACUAUUCUUCCAGCAACAUACAUCGGAAGCCCUCGGCAUAUGCACGAAUAUGCUCAAGAUGCCAUGUCGUAUGUUCGUCAUUAUGGUACAGCAGAUUUGUUCAUCACAUUUACAUGCAAUCCGCAAUGGAUAGAAAUCAAGCAGGAGUUAUUCUCUGGGCAAUCACCCAUUGAUCGUCAUGAUAUUACAGCCAGAGUCUUUAGACAAAAGUUGAAAUCAUUAAUGGAUUUCAUCGUAAAACAUAAUGUGUUUGGUGAGACACGCUGCUGGAUGUAUUCUGUGGAGUGGCAGAAACGAGGAUUGCCACAUGCACACAUUUUGGUUUGGUUGGUUGAAAAGAUAAGGCCAAAUGAAGUUGAUGCAGUGAUAUCAGCUGAAAUCCCUGAUGUACAAGUAGAUCCUGGAUUACAUGAGGUAGUUAUCAAACACAUGAUACAUGGUCCCUGUGGAACUCUUAAUCAAAAUUCACCGUGUAUGAUGGAUGGUAAAUGUUCAAAACGAUAUCCACGGACAUUAAUAUCGGAAACAAUUACUGGUAAUGACGGUUAUCCAUUGUAUCGUCGCAGAUCGACAGCAGACAAUGGAAAAUCAACAAUUGUCAAAUUAAAUCAACAAGAUAUUGAAAUAGAUAAUCGUUGGAUUGUUCCAUAUUCACCCAUUUUAUCAAAGACAUUCAAAGCACACAUCAACGUUGAAUCUUGCCAUUCAGUGAAAUCAAUUAAAUACAUUUGCAAAUAUGUAACCAAAGGGAGUGAUAUGGCUGUGAUUGGAAUUGGUGCAGAGAAUUCCAAUGAUGAAGUUACCCAAUACCAAAUGGGCCGCUAUGUCAGUAGUAAUGAAGCAGUUUGGGGAAUAUUUUCUUUUCCUAUUCAUGAGAGACACCCUUCUGUUGUUCACUUAGCUGUGCAUUUAGAAAAUGGACAAAGAGUGUAUUUUACAACACAGAACGCAGUACAAAGAGCUGCUCAGCCACCAUCUACUACAUUAACCAGUUUUUUUGAGACAUGCCAAAACGAUGAUUUCGCACAAACAUUGCUAUAUUCUGAAAUGCCAAAAUAUUAUACCUGGAAUCAAUCCUCAAGGAGAUUUAUACGACGGAAACAAGGAAAACCAGUUCCAGGAUAUACAGAUGUAUAUUCCACCGAUGCGAUUGGCCGGAUUUAUUCAGUACAUCCAAGCAAUGAUGAAUGUUUUUAUUUACGACUGCUAUUAGUCAAUGUACGUGGCGCAACAUCAUUCCAACAGUUACGAACUGUUGAUGGUGAAUUGUGUGGAUCCUACAGAGAAGCCUGUCAACGUUUGCAAUUACUUGAAAAUGACGCUCAUUGGGAUCAAACUCUCAAUGAUGCUGUAAUAUCAUCACACGCUCAUCAAAUACGAACAUUGUUUUCUAUAAUCAUAUCUACAUGCUUCCCAUCAAACCCAAUUGAUUUGUGGAUCAAGUACAAAGAUUAUAUGUGUGAUGAUAUUUUGUAUCAAAUACGGAAUAGAAUGGGAAAUCCAAAUAUACAAAUCAGUGAAGAAAUUUACAAUGAAGCAUUGAUUUCAAUUGAGGACAUGUGCUUGAUAAUGUCAAACAAACUAUUAAUUCAAUUAGGCCUGACGGCGCCCAAUCGUCCAAUGCAUGACGCUUUUAACCAAAAGUUGCAUCGAGAAAGACUGUAUGAUCUCAACGCUUUGAAAGAAUUAAUUCAAACAAAUCUUCCACUGUUAAAUGAACAACAGAAGUAUGUAUUUGAAACUCUUAUGAAAGUAACAAAUGAUGAAACUGGAGGGAUUUACUUCUUAGAUGCACCUGGUGGUACAGGAAAAACUUUUUUGAUUUCAUUAAUAUUAGCAACAAUUCGCUCACAAAAUAAAAUUGCACUUGCACUCGCUUCGUCGGGAAUCGCAGCAACUUUGCUUGAAGGUGGUCGAACAGCCCAUUCAGCACUAAAAUUGCCAUUAAAUAUGCAAAGCAAUAAAACUCCAACCUGUAACGUUUCGAAGAACUCUGCAAUGGCAAAGGUUUUGCAGCAAUGUAAAUUGAUUGUUUGGGAUGAAUGCACGAUGGCACAUAAAAAAUCUUUGGAGGCUUUAGACAGAACCUUAAAAGAUCUACGGAGCAAUAAUAACCGAUUUGGUGGUGCAAUGAUUUUAUUAGCAGGAGAUUUUCGUCAAACAUUGCCAGUGAUUCCACGAUCAACGCCAGCUGAUGAACUCAAUGCAUGUCUAAAGUCCUCCAAUUUGUGGAAACAUGUCAAAGUACUUCAUUUAAGCAAGAAUAUGCGUGUCGAGUUGCAAAAUGACCAAUCUGGAAACAUAUUCUCUAAACAACUCAUUGACAUUGGUAAUGGCAAAUUACCUAUAGACAUGUUGACUGGCUGCAUUAACUUUCCUCAAAGUUUUUGUCAGUUAACUCAAUCAAAAGAUGAACUUAUUCAGAAGGUGUUUCCAGAUGUUUCUCAAAAUUACAGAAACCAUGAUUGGUUGAGCGAACGAGCUAUACUGGCUGCAAAAAACAUAGAUAUAAAUGAAUUAAAUUUCAAAAUUCAAGAACAAAUUACAGGCGAAUUGAGGAUAUAUAAAUCAGUUGAUUCGGCUACUAAUCAAGAUGAUGUAGUCAACUAUCCACCGGAAUUUUUAAACUCGCUGGAUUUGCCAGGAUUGUCACCUCACAAUCUUCAAUUAAAGGUCGGAUCGGUGGUUAUAAUGUUGCGAAAUAUCAACCAACCGCGUCUUUGCAACGGUACACGGUUAGCGAUAAAAAAAUUACUAAACAAUGUGAUAGAAGCAACUAUACUCAAAGGAAAGUAUAAAGGAGAAGAUGUUCUCAUACCGCGCAUCCCAAUGAUUCCGACUGAUGUGCCAUUUGAGUUUAAACGACUACAGUUUCCAGUGCGGCUUGCUUUUGCUAUGACUAUAAACAAGUCCCAGGGGCAAUCAUUAAGUGUUUGUGGUAUUAAUCUAGAAAACCCAUGUUUCUCACAUGGUCAAUUGUAUGUUGCCUGUUCCCGUGUUGGAAAACCAUCAGAUUUGUUUAUCUAUGCGCCAGGUAAUCAAACAAAAAACAUCGUAUACCAAAAAGCACUACAAUGAUAAUAAUAAUAAUUAUUUAUGAUUCACAUGAUUAACAAUAAAGCGAUUACUUACUUUUAAAUCCUUAUAUAUGUUUUAUUUAAUUAUUUUUUAUUCACAACGCCCUAUCACCAGGGUGACGGUUCUGUUCAGGAGAAUUUUUUAAAAUACGUAGGCACAAAAACUGCCACAUUACAAA